GCUGAUGGCUGGCAAUGUGUGUUGACAGGAGCCGCCUCGGCCGCCGCACUGGGCAUGUGAGGCCGCAUGGAGGGCUCGGCAGGCGGGGAGCGCGGCCGGCCGCCGCGGCCCUGGGGCAGGCUCACCCGGCUGGGCGCCGACGAAGCGGAGCCGCGCGUCCUGCUGCUGAAGAGGGAGUGGACGAUCGGCCGGAGGAAAGGUUGUGACUUAUCUUUCCCUGGCAACAAGCUGGUGUCUGGAGAUCACUGUAAAAUCACAGUGGAUGAAGAAUCUGGUCAAGUGUCAUUGGAAGAUACAAGUACUAAUGGAACAGUAAUUAAUAAACUGAAAGUGGUGAAGAAGCAGACAUACCCUUUACAGACUGGAGAUGUGAUUUAUGUUGUUUACAGAAAAAAUGAGCCAGAGAACAAUGUUGCUUAUCUCUAUGAAUCCUUAAACACACAGCAUGAUGCAACUCAAGAACCAGUAGCUGUAGAAGUUAAUGUAGAAAACCUAUGCCAUGUGACCAAAGAUACCUCAAAUACAGGAAGAAGUAAUGAUGAGACCCAAAUUACCUCAUCACUGUCAGAUACUCAGUCUUGCUAUGAGGAACCACAGCCAUCUACUUCUACAUCUAACCUCUUUAAUGCUUCUUCUACCUCUCUUACUGAGUCUGCAUCUGUUGAGCAGGAUAAUCCUUCGACAUCUGGAUCACAAUCCUCACUUUUCACUCCUGUGCCUGCUUUCCCCGUCUUAGAAUCUGUGUGUUUAGGAACACUGCAUGAUGAACACACAAAGCUAGGUAUGAAUACUGAAACUUCCACAAUCACUUCAGAACUCACUGACAAAGAAAGAACAGAAUCAGAUUCACAAACGACGGAGGAGGAAGAGAAGGAGGAAGAUUUGGAACCUGCUAAGAAGAAACUAAAAGGAGAUGAAGAUGCUUGUCCAGAUUUUCCAGCAGCAGCCCCAAGUGAAUGUAUAAUCAAAAUUGGCUCUGAAGAUGCAAAAACAUCAAAUGUGAAACCAGAUAAGAUGGAAGAAACAUUAACUUGCAUUAUCUGCCAAGAACUCCUGCAUGACUGUGUGAGCUUGCAGCCUUGUAUGCAUACUUUCUGUGCUGCCUGCUACUCAGGGUGGAUGGAAAGAUCUUCCCUAUGUCCAACUUGUCGUUGUCCAGUAGAACGUAUUUGUAAAAACCAUAUAUUGAACAACUUGGUUGAAGCUUAUCUGAUUCAGCAUCCAGAUAAAUGUCGUAAUGAGGAUGAUGUACGUAGCAUGGAUGCUAGAAACAAAAUUACUCAAGAUAUGUUGCAACCUAAGGUGCGGAGAUCUUUUUCAGAUGAGGAAGGAAGUUCUGAGGAUCUUUUGGAACUGUCAGAUGUAGAUAGUGAAUCUUCAGAUAUCAGUCAACCGUAUAUAGUUUGCAGACAGUGCCCAGGCUAUCGACGACACUCUGUUCCAAGUCUUCCUGGCCCAGGCCAAGAGACAGAAGCAGGAGGAAUGCAAGCACUGGGGGAUGCGCCUUCUACGUCUGCCAACUUCCCUGCAGCUGUCCAGGAAUAUGUUUGCCCUGCUCAAGGAAGUCAUGUAAUAUGCACCUGCUGCUUUCAGCCAAUGCCUGACCGAAGAGCAGAGCGUGAACAGAAUCCUCAUGUUGCUCCUCAGCAAUGUACAGUUUGUCUGCAACCUUUCUGUCACUUAUACUGGGGCUGCACUCGGAUGGCAUGUUUUGGCUGUUUGGCACCAUUCUGUGAAAUAAAUCUUGGUGACAAGUGUUUAGAUGGAGUCCUAAAUAACAACCACUACGAGUCAGAUAUCCUAAAGGAUUACCUGGCAUCCAGGGGUUUGACAUGGAAAAAUAUGUUAAACGAAAGUCUCUUAGCUCUUCAAAGAGGAGUUUUUAUGCUGUCAGAUUACAGAAUUACUGGGAACACGGUGCUUUGCUACUGUUGUGGCCUUCGCAGCUUUCGAGAGCUUGCCUACCAGUACAGGCAGAAUAUUCCUGUUGCUGAAUUGCCAGUGACUGUCACAUCACGUCCUGAUUGCUACUGGGGGCGCAACUGUCGGACUCAGGUCAAAGCACAUCAUGCCAUGAAAUUCAAUCACAUUUGUGAACAAACACGAUUCAAGAACUGAAUACUAGUAGUCUGUAGAGAGGGGACAAAAACUUUUAACACUGCUUGUACAGUUUAAAGUUUCAGGGGAUCAUCUCAGUUUCCCCAUAAUAGGGAAUCAAUAACUUUUGCAUCAGGUAAUCUGGUGUGAACUUUUUAAUUUGUAGAGAUUUACAGUUGUAUAUGAGUAAGGCAGGUUUUUGGUUUUGUUUUCAAGAAAGUCCGGCAAGCAUUGCAUUUGAUCCUCAUGACUACAGUGUCCCUGUAUCACUGCAGCAAAGAACAAAAGAAAAAUCACACAUACAGACAAACAAACCAGCCAUAUCUUGGGAAGACCUAAGAAUAAGGAGUGUAUUUGCACUACUUGUGGAGAAACUAAGAAAAAUCCUUAAACUUAAAAUAGAAAUGUUUUGUAUAAGUAACUAAUGGAUAUUUCAAGAGCCAUUAAUAUUUAAGAAGAAAAUUGUCAGUGUAUAUUCAUAACUGCUUUUUGCUGUACUGUUAUUUUUGUCACUACUCACUCCAUCUGAACCAGAAACACAUUAAUCUUCACUUUAUUAAAAAAAAAAAAAAAUCCGUCCAUUUAACAGCUGUUUCAGCUCAAAGCUUCUACCAUAUGUGCAGUGUUACAAUGGAAGAAGUACAAUUUCUUAGUUUAGUAGUGUUGAUGUUUUUAUUCAUGUUAAAUUACAAAAAUAAUUGCACAAAAAUUUGAAAAUCACAUUUAAAGUUGGGGUAAUACUUGAAGCAGAACAGACUUCUACUAAUAUUACUUCUGUAGUAUUUUAUAUCAGAAGACCAAACAGUGCUUUUGACAUAGAGCAACCAGUAGGACACACUGGUUCAUUUUUUUUUAUUAUUAUUUCUUUUUUAGUUUGAUAUUGUAUGCUAAGUAUGUACCUCUGCCAUGCAGCUGUUCUCUAGCAUGCAUACACUGGUAAAAAUGUGGAAAAAAACAUAAUUUAAAAUAGAAUACAGCAGCUUUACUGAAAAGAACAAUCUUACUGAAAAUAAUUCAGUAUGGACAAAUUGUAGCAACAUGGAGGCAUUUUUGGCUAGGGCUAGGGGUGAUGAGGGAGGACAGUGAUGUCAUUGAUACUGAAAACAAAAAACAAACUCAAAACCCCUAGAUUUUAUUCACACACCUUUUGCAGAGCUCAUUUAGGAAACUUCCCAAGGAUCUUUAAAAAAAAAAAAAAAAAAAAAAAUGAUGCCGUCUGAUUUGUUUCCUAAUAACCUGAUAGCUAAUGUUCACGCACUUGACUGGGACCAUUUUUUUUCUUUGUUGUACCUAGAAGGGUGAAACAGAGUGAGAAGAAAGCAUACAAAGUUACCUCUGUAGAUACCAUGUUGUUUUUAAGUAUGCCUUAUUUUGUGAGCAAGAUUUCUACUUCGAUAUUAAAAAGUGUACACACAAUACUAUGUGUUAUAAUGUAGCACAAAUGAUGCAGCACACUGUGUCUGCUUGUGUCAGUGAAUUAAACAACCAUUUCCAGUAAUGCACAUGUUAAUAUGAAUGCUAAUUGGAAUGAUGCAUUUCUGCUUGGAUUUUUAUUUUCUAAAAUAGCUGCCACAAGGAUGGGUCUGUUAACUGUGCCCAUAUGCUAUUAAAAGUACACUUUGGUGUGGACUUCUCUUCCUAAUCUCUGGGCAUUUUCUCCUAUAAGUAGGAUUGAAAUUGGAUCUGGAAUAAUACUUGAAACUUCUUUUAAAAACAA